CAAGAAUUUUUUUUUGGGGAUCGUUACUGAGCUAGAAGUCUCAAGAAAAAAGACCAAGUUGGUUCUCGCAAAGCACAAAACUGAGUAGAAGCCAAAAGAAAAACAAAAUCAUCAUCUACUUAAACGAUACAACAACUUCAUUCAACCAAAAACAUCGAUCAUGACGACGGGCGGAGUGAACCGUAUCGAGACCGGAGUCAACUUCCGGCAACGGUACCAGCAGCGCCAAAAGGACCAUGAGAGAUUCCAGCAGCUGCAGGCGACCCUUGCCCGUGAGAAGGCGUUCAAGGCGAUCGACGAGUGCGACGCGAAAGUGGAUGCGAUCGAGCGGCAGCAGGAACUGGAGCGGUUGGCGGCCGCGGGUGUAAAGAUCAAGCCACAGGUGGAGGAGAAAAAAGCGCCGGCGCGGGGAAUCGUGCAGAAGGAAGCGGAGAUUAAGGCGAAGACCUGGAAGGACCCGAGGUUGGAGGAACUCUACCGGCUCAGUCUCUACCAACCGCAUGUAUAGAAAUGUUUAUUUUGAAGAUAGAAAUUACUUAAUGUUAAUUCUUUGUGAUGCCGCAUCUCAGUGUGCAUGCUUGCUUUGUUUAUUCCAAAGCCACUCAAGAAAUUAUGCUCUGUCAGGUCGCCGAGGAAGCUUUCCGUCAUGACUACGGUGACGCGAGCCGAAAACUGAUCGCUUUCAAUGCGCUGCAACGGGAACACCGGUCCGGCGAGCCGAUCAUCUCCAACUACCGUUACCUCACCAAUUAUCCGUGCGGCGCCCAGCAGACCUGGAACUUGAUGGAGCCGAUUUACCUGCGACCCACGGUGGAGUGCCAGAAAGCGCAGCCGUACCUAUCCAAGAAAAAAACAUUGUAGGUGUAACUUUCUUGGGGGAUUAGCAUGACAAAUAUCUCUCGCAUGGCAGCAAAAACCUGUCAUGCGCAGAUACUACGUGAAAACGCCCUUCAAUGAGCCCUACGAUGCAUGCCAAGCAUAACAGUCGCAAUCAGCUUGAAUGUUGCGCAUCACAAAUUUACACUAACAACGUUUUUUUCUUGGAUAGUACCAAAUCAUCGAACACCAACCCUUGAUGAAGACCAUGGCGUUUUUAUCCCGUGUAAAAACAUCCCCACCCCAGAGUUGUCAUGCAAUUCUGCAUGCCAAAAAAGUUUCUCAUGCGGAGCCGUAUGAGAAGCAUUUUCUCUUCGUGUUUUGGGAUUUGUGAUGCUAGGAUCAGCAUGCUGUGCCAGAUCUGUGAUGCUUCUGAGCUAGCUAAGCAGGAUCACACUACGAGGAAAAAGUUGUCAUGCCAAACAACCAAAGCUGUGUGAUUUGUCUAGCAGAUUUCACAUCUUCAUCUUGACUCUGGGGACGUUUUUGAUCAGGAUAGUUUUCGGAAAUGGAAAGGGAAAAUGAAUUGGCUUUGCGGAAUCUGUUCACGUCGAAGAAGGGACUGAAGGGGUUGAAAGGUAUAAGACAGUGUGGUUCCUUUCUCGCAUGAGAGAUUAUUUGUUAUGCUCUGCAGAAGUAAAUCUCAAUCUGCAACCGCAUCUACUUGGUUGUGCUUCUGCAUUGCAGAGUUGUUCGUAGUUAACGCUGUAAACUACAUCUCCCCAUUUACAUUUUCAGAUAUGACCGCCGCCUUCGCGAAGUCCUAUUCCUUCACCCGGCAAGCCUUGAACCAGAAGCGCAUUCUCGCCGCGAUCGAGGAGCAGCGGUGCUACGACGGCAGACGGGGGUACACCUUCAAGGACAAGGCGUCGGACCAUUUUGAAUGGCUGGAAGAAAACGCGGCGUUCCGGGAGAUCAACGAAAAGUGGCUGCAGAGGCCGCGGAAGACCUGGACGGACCUGCAGCAGAAGACCUGGGAGAUUUUGGUGCUGCUCCACCGCGACUACUUCAAGAACGAGAAAAAAAACUUGCGGACUUUCUUUCUGCAGAGAGCGAAGAAAACGGACGAAGAGCACUACCACGAGCCCUACGCGCCGGAGAUGGGGUACGUCUUGGACAGCGACAGAAUGUUGGCCAACCUGGAAUUGUGGGGCGUGGUGAACUGCAAAGGCAAGCCGACUUUGGAGAAGAAAGAAAUGUAAAGCUGCUUAGAGUUGUUUUUUCUUUUUUCAUCGCUGGAAUUCAUUUGUGCUGCAUGGUGCUGGUGGAUGAUGACAAUACACUCAACUUGUCACUUGCAUGCAUGAAGGCAUGAUUCAUUCUUCCCGCAAUACCUAUUCCAGGUACGAGUUCCUGCAGCUCCUUGGGGAGCACUACAGCGGCGCCGUCAGCUACGAGGGCAUGAAGCGGAUCAUGGAGGUUGUCCGCAUCAUGUACCCGAAGCACGAACGGGCUAUUGCCCGCCAGGCGAACGCGCAGCGCAUGAUGCAGAAGGAACGGGGCAGGGCGCUGGAGGGCAGAGCGGCCUCGAAGUUCGCCAAGGCGCACUGGGGCAAAGCGCGGGACCCGUUCGUCGUGCAGGCGCAGGCAGGUAUGAUGGGCGCCGGUGGGGAUAACGCCGCGGACGGUGCAGGAGCGGGUGCAGGGCAUUAGACGGAGUGCGAAAAAGAAAAUCGAUCCGAAUCUUCUUUAGAAUGCUCUUUGGGAGAAGCAAGUGGUAGUUAUUUUCUUGUUACCGGCAAAAUUUCAUAGAUAAGCAACUAUAACAAAUGGAUAAUCGACGUUUUUCUUGGCAGUGUGAUGAUUUUAGACUUUGUAGCGAAACCGAAAAAAAAAUUUUUUAGAAUCAACGGAAUCUUAUUUGACGGAAGCACGUAGGCAUGAAACCGAUUUGUUAGCAACACUGUAAAAUGUUUUUUACGUAUUUGUUUGAUGGCUUACUUUCGAAGAAACUUUCUCACUUAGAAUUCUACACCUCAUGUACAAGAUUUUUGUUUCAAUUUGCUUAGUUUCAACAAUGUACACCUUUUUGUUUCGGAUAUUUUUCUCUUAGCAACUACAAUUUUAGCUUGAUUUGCAACGGGGUAAUCAUGUAUUUAUCAGCACCAACAAAUUUCUGCCGAGAUGGACAUUUGUACACUAGAAGCGCAGAUACAGCUGCGAGUGAAAAUCUCACACAGAAGAAAUCAAUGGUUUUGGUUCGCAAGCCUGCUAUCUCUUUCGCUGUUCUUCUGGGGUUGUUGAUGUGUUGCGCCGAC